AUGGAGAGCCCAACACUCUCCCCAUCCAUUGCUCCUCCUGUGCGUGCUUGCUUUGCCACUACUGCGGCUUCCAGCCACCCUCGAUCAUCACGAUUCACGAUGGCCACAAUAUUGAAAUCCAACGCUACAGAAGAACGCAAGGCUAUCCAUGUAGCCAUGUUCCCUUGGCUUCCUUUUGGCCAUGUUAAUCCCUUCAUCCAACUCUCUAAUCACUUAGCUUUCCAUGAUGGCUUCAAAGUUUCCUUCUUGGCCACUCGUGAUAACAUUCCCAAGAUCCAACCCUUGCUCCGGUUUCCCGAUCAAAUUGGGUUAGUCCCCCUUGAUGUACCACCACCGACUCAGAUCCCAACCAGUAAUGUUGACUCGGAGAAUUUGAACCCUGACUCGCCAAUCUUCAAGCUGACUCAGCUCCUAAUUGCCACCGAUUCUUUACAAGCCCAGGUGGAAACAGCUCUGAGUCAACUCAAACCUGACAUUAUCGUCUACGAGUUCGUCCACUACAUCCCUUCCAUGGCUCAUGCCCUUGGAAUAAAAGCUGUUUUCUACUGCGUCACAAGCGCCACCGCCAUCGCCUACCAUCUUGUCCCCGCAUGCUCUACCCACCAAGACCUCACCCGACCACCACCCGGGUUCCCACCCACCGGAGUAACCCUUCGAGCCCACGAAGCCCAACAGCUUCUUUUCGCUUUCGUGGCACCGGAGGAGGGAAUACCAUCACUCCAUCAACGAGUAGUCAUGGCCAUGAAGGAAGCAGACAUGAUCGUUCUGAAAACCUGCGGAGAGAUGGAGAGCAAAUACUGUGAUUACAUAUCAGAACAAUACAAGAAGCCAGUAGUGAUGGCCGGUCCAAGUUUGAACGAACCACAAACCGACACGUUAGAUGAGCGUUGGGUCAAAUGGCUCGACCGGUUUCCGGUUGGUUCGGUGUUGUAUUGCUCAUUUGGCAGCGAUGGUAUUCUGAGCAAGGAGGAGUUAAGGGAGUUGCUUCUUGGGUUGGAGGAUUCAGGGGUGCCGUUCAUGGCGGUUCUUAAGUACCCGAAGGGUUUGACGCAAGAGGAAGCUUUGCCGGAGGGGUUGGAAGAGAGGGUAAAAGAGAGAGGGUUGAUACAUAGCGGAUGGGUUCAGCAAGAGUUGAUAUUGGAGCAUAAGGGGGUGGGAGGGUACCUAUGCCAUGCGGGUUUCGGAUCAGUGGUGGAGGCGGUGGCGAACGAGUGUCAGUUGGUGUUGUUGCCACAGAAGGGAGAUCAGUUUUUGAAUGCGAGGUUGAUGAGUAGAGAUCUUAAGGUUGGGGUGGAGGUGGAAAGGAGAGAGGAAGACGGUUGGUUCACAAGGGAGAGUGUAAGCAAGGCGGUGAGGUCUGUGAUGGUGGAUAAAGAAGGGUCAGUUGGGAAAGACGUGAGGGCUAACCAUUGCCGGUUGAAGGAGCUUCUCUUGAACAAGGAGAUGAAGUCCAGUUACGUGGACCAACUGUUGCAGAAGAUGAGGGAUUUGGUGGUAAUUAAUAAGGAAGUUAAGAAGAAUUAA